UCCUCGGCGGCUCCCCCUGAUCUCCCUCCCGAUCGCCACUCCCCGCCCUCCGAGCUCGCGGGCCGCGGCAGCUAUGCAACGCAUCGCCGGCAGCCACCUCCGCCGCGCUCUCAAGCAACAUGGUUCUAGCAGGUUUGCUAGUACAAGUGUUGUGAAGCAGUCUUCUGGUGGUUUAUUUGGUUGGCUUCUUGGGGGGAAGCCAACCCAGCUUCCAACUCUUGAUGUCCCUCUCCCAGGCAUCACCCUUCCUCCAGCACUUCCAGACUUUGUAGAGCCAGCUAAGACAAAAGUUACCACUCUCCCUAAUGGCAUCAAAAUUGCUUCACAAACAUCAAUGAGUCCAGCUGCAACAGUGGGAUUGUAUAUUGAUUGUGGUUCUAUGUAUGAAACACCUGAGUCAUCUGGAGCAUCACAUUUACUUGAGAGGAUGGCAUUCAAGAGCACCACGAAUAGGAGUCAUUUGCGGCUAGUACGUGAGGUAGAAUCCAUUGGAGGGAAUGUCUCCGCGUCAGCUUGUCGCGAACAAAUGUCCUAUACCUAUGAUGCAUUCAAGGCCUAUGUACCCGAAAUGGUUGAAGUGCUUAUCGAUAGUGUGAGGAAUCCAGUAUUUUUUGAUUGGGAGAUUAAAGAGCAGCUGCAGAAGAUCAAAGCUGAAAUAGCCGAAGUUUCUAAUAAUCCUCAAGGUUUACUUAUAGAGGCACUCCAUUCUGCUGCCUAUUCUGGGGCACUGGCAAAGCCUCUGAUGGCACCAGAAUCUGCUAUACAUAGAUUGGACAGUAGCAUUCUUAAGGAAUUCAUUUUUGAAAACUACACAGCGCCCAGGAUGAUCCUUGCGGCAUCAGGAGUUGAACAUGACGUGUUAGUAUCAGUUGCUGAGCCACUUUUGUCCGACCUUCCUGGUGUGAAGCGUCCAGAAGAGCCAAAAUCAGUUUAUGUGGGAGGAGACUAUCGAUGUCAAGCGGACUCUCAAGACACACAUGUUGCUCUUGCCUUUGAAGUGCCAGGUGGAUGGUAUGAAGAGAAAACAGCUGUAGUUGUUACUGUCCUUCAGAUGCUCAUGGGGGGAGGUGGUUCUUUCUCUGCUGGUGGUCCUGGGAAGGGCAUGCAUUCUCGACUAUAUCUCAGGAUAUUGAACCACUACCAUCAGAUUGAAUCAUUCUCUGCCUUCAACAGUAUAUACAACCAUUCUGGUCUUUUUGGAAUUCUUGCGACAACUAGCCCAGAUUUUGCCUCAAAGGCUGUGGAUUUGGCAGUAGGAGAACUUCUUGAAAUUGCUACUCCUGGAAACGUUACACAAGAAGAGCUUGAUCGAGCUAAACAGGCGACGAAGUCUGCAGUUUUGAUGAACUUGGAAUCAAGAGCUGUAGCAUGUGAAGACAUCGGGAGACAGAUUUUGACUUAUGGUGAAAGGAAACCCAUCGAGCACUUCUUGAAGGAUCUUGAAGCAAUCACUUUGAAUGACAUUUCUUCAACCGCUAAGAACAUUAUUUCUUCACCCCUGACAAUGGCAUCGUGGGGCGAUGUUAUUCAUGUCCCAAGCUACGAGUCUGUUAGUCGGAAAUUUCACUCAAAGUGAGCAAAAUUAUAUCGCGUAGUUUCCGCAUGACAUGUUCCGGCUGUAUUAGAUGUGUAGAAAUGUACAUGUGUAACUAUUCUGGCAAUAGCCCUAACUACAGAAUCGACCGAAUAAAUUCUUUCACUUA